UAUCCUAAAUACCAAUAGCUUAUUUUUUGAUUGAUCAAAGGUUUUAGAAAAAAGAAAAGAAAAGAAGAUGUGUGGCACAGAGGCUUGUCUUAUAAAGAGUUCUCCAGUCCCUUGUGCAAUUCCUGAAACAAGAGAAAAUGUCACUCUCAUCAACUGGGAUACUCUUAUCAAUCUUGAUCAUGGUGAUCCAGUAAUGUAUGAAUCAUACUGGCGAAAGAUGGGCAACAGGUGUGACAUUACAUUCAGCGGUUACCAGUCAUUGAGUUAUUUUGCUAAUGCCAAGAACUUGUGUUGGUUCCUUGAGCCAAAACUAGAAGAAGAGAUAAAGAGGCUGCACAAUGUGGUUGGAAAUGCAGUUGUGGAUGAUCAUUGUAUCAUCGUUGGGACAGGAUCAAGCCAGCUUAUUCAGGCUGCACUCUAUGCUCUUUCUCCUACACAUGAACCUGAACCAAUCAGUGUUGUUUCAGCUGCUCCUUUCUAUUCGUCAUAUCCAGAAGUGACUGAUUUUGUGCGUUCAGGGCUGUACAAAUGGGCAGGAGAUGCAAGAAAUUUUGAGAAAGAUGGACCAUAUAUUGAGUUCAUAACAUCUCCAAAUAACCCAGAUGGGGUUAUUAGAGAGCCUGUAGUUAAUGGAGCUCAAGGGAUAUUAAUCCAUGAUUUAGCUUAUUACUGGCCACAGUACACUGCUAUUACCUCUCCUGCCAAAUAUGAUGUUAUGCUCUUUACAGUUUCCAAAUGCACUGGCCAUGCUGGAUCCAGAAUUGGUUGGGCUCUUGUUAGGGACAAAGAGGUGGCAAGGAAGAUGACAAAGUUCAUGGAGAUUAGCACAAUAGGGGUAUCAAAGGAAGCUCAAUUGAGAGCUGCAAAGAUUCUUGGAGUGAUUUCUGAUAGCUGUUUGGAUUCCACGUUGGAAAACUUCUUUGAAUAUAGUCAAUCUCACAUGACCAAAAGAUGGCAAAAAUUAAGAGAAGUUGUUAAGGGCAGUGACCUUUUCACUCUCCAGAAAUAUCCACUUCAGUAUUGCCACUUCACAAGAGACUUCUAUGAAUCACACCCUGCUUUUGCAUGGCUAAUGUGCAAAGGAAGUGAAGAUGACCUAGAGAAAAUUCUUAAAGGACACAAUAUUCAAACAAGGAGUGGAAAAAAAUUUGGGAGUGAUCCAAAAUGUGUUAGGAUAAGUAUGCUGAGUAGGGAUGAAGACUUCAACAUUUUUUUGCAGAGGCUUAUGUCUAUUCAAGGACUUACAAAUGGAAAUUAAGACUUCCUAUAUAUGUCUAUAUAUGAAAAUUUAGCUGCUUUUAUAUAUCAGUUUUUAGCAUAUUAUAUUCUAACUACCAGUUCGUGAUAGUUAGACUUUAUAUUGUAUUUCCUUUUUACAGCAAUGAAACUUGGAUAUUAUUAAAGAGUAGAACUCUUUCCUGAA